AUGGAAGAAGGAACCGCUACGAUUACGCCCUCUGAGCCUCCUCCGCUUCCCUACUCCCUACACACCCGCAAGAAGGCCAUUGCCUUCUUCUGGACCAUCUUUGUCAUCGAUACCUUGGCUCAGCCGUUGGUGCUGUAUUGGGCGCUAUGGUACCUCACGGAUCUGUCGCACAACUUGGUAUUUUCUAUUAUCACCGCAUGCUUGGGUGGAGUUUCAGUCUUCGAGUACUUCUAUCGCCUCUAUAAUCUCUUCCGCAAAAGCUCGCGCGCCCGGCCGUUAAACGCUCGCAAAUCAAGGCUGGACUUCUUCCACAUCAACUUUACAAUUGUCUGGCUGAUCCUGGCGGUGGAACUCAUUGUUGGAACGGUUCCUGCUGAGCCUUAUGUACGCCUUGUCGCGAUGAUCCUCCCGACAGUGAUGUUCUACUUUGGCAUCGUACACCUGUCCCUCGAUGUUCUCCGAAUGUGUGGCUUCAAAGCACCCUUCCGAAUCUCGUCUACACCCAAGGGAUCCACCAUGCCAACCGCAUUAUACGCACUCAUCGAAGACGUGGUCGCCGUGGACGGAGGCGGCGGACAAAUAUACCGGUACGCGCUCCGGACACGAUACCUCUCCAGCCCUUAUUUCCGUCGGAUGCUGUUCGAGAUGAAUUGUUUCUGGAGCGGAGGCUCAAUCGUCUGCGCCGCCGCUAUCACUGCGAUCAUCUUUACCGUCUCGGAACCAGUUGCGUACACGCUUGGCUGGAGCCUUCCGUUCGCUUGGGCCGGCCUCUGGACUUUGAUUACGAUCCCCUGGGUCCAGAGUGAUCUGCGCAGGGAGAAACAGGCCUGGGCUGAAGGCCGCGUACAGGGCGGGAUUCUCUGGACGGAUGACAUUGCCGCGCCUACAGCCCGCACUCGCUUUGCUUCCGUCCAGGCUAACAUACUACCCUGGACGCGCGAGAAGCAAAGCGCUCCGUCGACCCCAUCUGCGGAUGGUGCUGGCAGCACGACAGCUAAGGGAAACCCUGAGAACGUUCCAGAUGGAUUCCAUGAUGGAGUCCCGGAUGGGGUUCCUGAUGGCGUCCCUGAUGGAGUCCCUAAUGGAGUCCCUAAUGGCGUCCCUGACGGCGUCCCCAAUGAAACGCCGUCCGGAGGCCACUCCACUACUCACUGA